UUCGCGGAACCUUUUUGUCUUGUUGCGGUGUCUCCCCCAUUGACCAAGCAAGGACAAAUUGCUUCACUUCAAAUCAAUCCCGUGUGAGAACCAGACACCCAUAGAAAAAUGUUCUCCCGCACCGCCCUCGCCAGGGCCUUCGCCCUCCCCAUGAAGGAGCAGCCAUGCGCCGCCGCCGCCGCUGCCAUCGCCGGCCGCUUCUCCGUCGCCCGGGCCUGUCUUCACAGCAGCGCCGCCGCCCCAGCACCAGCAACAUCCUCAACAACGACCACAACACACCCAGACUCCCCACUCGCCGCGACCCCCCGAGCGCAAACCUCCACGCCCACCCCCCAAGAAACCCCCCUCUCCUCUACCACGACUCCCUCCGCCAUCGACCUCAAAAAACCCGUGGCCCCGACCUUCACCGCGCCGCUGCAACUCACGCCGACGCUCCUCGCCCAGCUCCCGCAACUCACCACCCAGCAGCCGCACUACAUCGUCUCGCACCUGCACGAUCGGCCCUACCUGCUGACGCAGGGCGACGCGAUCCGCCUGCCCUUCCUGAUGCCCAACGUGAAGCCGGGGGACAUCCUGCGAUUCAACCGGGCGUCCGUGCUGGGGUCGCGGGAUUUCUCGCUGAAGGGGGCCCCUUAUGUCGAUGAGCGGCUGUACGAGUGCCGCGUGCGCGUCGUGGGCGUCGACUCUGAGCCCCUCCGCGUCAAGGAGAAGACGAAGCGCCGCCGCCGCCACGUGCAGAUGAUCCGGAGCAAGCACAAGUAUACCCUCCUGCGGGUCAUGGAUGUCAAGAUCAAGACUGCGGAGGAGUUGUUGCGGGAGGGGGCGGUGGUUGCUUAGGAGGGUUUUUUGGCUCUCUUCUUUUCGAGAUUGUGGAUGGGGUGGUACUGGGAAAAUGGUACUUGCGGAUUCGGGGCUUCUUUUGUUGAUGGUGGAUGUUCACAAUGUUCACAAGGGGCAGUUGUUGAAAUCACAGGAAGACACACACAGAGAGAGAGAAAGGCGAAGACUGGGUAAGGGACGAAUGGUUAUGAUGGUUGGAACCUGCAAUUGCGAAGGAUCAUGUACAGAUAGAAAGUGUGCGUCUGUUUCCAUGCACCAUGUGGUGCACUUGUAUUGUAUCUCAUAAUUGGGUUUUCGAAUGUUCAUUCUGCUUUCUUCUUUAUGUCUUGACGGAGUGGAUUUGAGACUCAAUCAGCAGACAAUGCAGAUAGUCUCUGGUGUCGACAAUAACCAGUCAAUGACAACGCUAUGGAUUGAUGUCUCCU